UACACCCGGCCGGGCCUGAGGGCAUCUUUUGAGUGUUCCGCUUGGUGCUCAGCGCCUUUGCCGCCGCCAGUGCUGCCUAGAUGUUCCAGCUGCCCAUCUUGAAUUUCAGCCCGCAGCAAGUGGCCGGGGUAUGUGAAACCCUGGAAGAGAGCGGCGACGUGGAGCGCCUGGGUCGCUUCCUCUGGUCGCUGCCCGUGGCCCCCGCGGCCUGCGAGGCCCUCAACAAGAAUGAGUCGGUGCUUCGCGCACGGGCCAUCGUGGCCUUUCACGGUGGCAACUACCGUGAGCUCUACCACAUCCUGGAGAACCACAAAUUCACCAAAGAGUCACACGCCAAGCUUCAGGCGCUGUGGCUUGAAGCGCACUACCAAGAGGCCGAGAAGCUGCGGGGACGGCCCUUGGGACCCGUGGACAAGUAUCGCGUAAGGAAGAAGUUCCCUUUGCCGCGCACCAUCUGGGACGGCGAGCAGAAGACACACUGCUUCAAGGAGCGCACGCGACACCUGCUACGCGAGUGGUACCUGCAGGAUCCGUAUCCCAACCCCAGCAAAAAGCGUGAGCUCGCCCAGGCCACCGGACUGACCCCCACGCAGGUGGGCAACUGGUUCAAGAACCGCCGACAAAGGGACAGGGCGGCGGCAGCCAAGAACAGGCUUCAGCAGCAGGUGCUGUCGCAGGGAUCUGAGAGAGCGCUCCGGGCUGAGGAUGAAGGCACGCCUGAGAUGCUGGGCGCCGCGGUCAGUCCUGCAGCUAGUCUGUCCAGCAAGGCGGCAACUUCGGCUAUCUCUAUCACGUCUAGCGACAGCGAAUGCGACAUCUAAGCCGCCCACCUGGCAUGCUCAGAAACAGAAUCCAGUGUAAAAAUGAAACAAACAAAAUGAAGGAGAAGAAAAGAGACC